AUGCCCGAGCAAGAAGGAAUCGACGUUUCUUUCCUCGAAGCACUCAACUUCAACCGGAGUAGUCCCGCAGAGGGUAAACUCUCCAUCGAUAGCCCUUCCGUGGGCUCGCCGAAUCUGAACUCGCCGUCGUCGUCUCUAACAGGAACUCCCACGUUUGGUACGGGGGAGUCGCUUAACGACGGUCUAACAAUCUCUUCGAGCCGUGAACAAUUGCAAGCGCCGCGUCAGACACAUUGUGUUGAGAAUAAUCCGAAUCUGAUCAAAUGUGGGCUCUGUCAAGACACUUUCACCAUUCCGAAAGUGUUGUCGUGUUUACACACGUUCUGUCAGCCCUGCUUGGAAAAGGUACAGGAAUCGAAUGAAGAAAUCAAGUGCCCUCAAUGCGGGAGUGAAACUCAUCUGCCGCCGUCGGGAAUAUUGGGUCUCUUGAGCGACUAUGCCGUCUCGAACAUGCUCGAGAACGCCGCGCUGGACAGCGAGUCGCAUUCGUGCACAUCGUGCAGAAGCCGCGAGUCCGCUGCAGUUGCGCGCUGUUUCGACUGCGCCAACUUCCUCUGUCCGAACUGUGUCAUGGCCCAUCAAUUCAUGCAUUGUUUCGAAGGUCAUCGAGUCAGCACAUUAUGUGAGCUCAGGAACUCCAAGGACGCUUCCAGUGCGGCCGGUGGAGGGAGCAGCUCAGACGGGGGUGGGGGCGGGGGAGAAAAACCCGUCUACUGCACUCGCCACAAGAACGAAGUCCUCAACCUCUUCUGCCACACGUGCAACCUGCCUAUCUGCGGUGAAUGCACGCAUCUCGACCACCCGAAGGGCUUGCACGACUACGAUCCGCUGGUGGACGUUGCGCACAAACACGUCGAAAGCCUGACGAAUCUCGUCGAUAAGGGUCGAGUCAGGAGCCGAGAGCUGCAGAGCUCGAUGAAAACCAUCGAACAGACUCAGGACAAGCUCCAAGUGGCCUACCACAAAGCUCAGGAUGAAGUCGGGGCGACCUUCCAAUUCUACAAGUCUCUGCUCGACGAGAGGCGCGCUGAAACGCUGAAAGAUCUCGAGAGUAUCUACGAAACCAAUGUCAUGAACGUUGGUGCUCUACAGAAAGACGUGCAGAACGCCAUCGAUAAGAUCAAUCGCGUGUCGGAUUUCGUCGAGAGAUUGACCAAGUUCUCAUCCAACACUGAGAUCAUGUUGUUCAAGCAAUUGCUCGACUCCAAAUUCCAGGCCAUCCUGUCGUAUCGUCCGGAUGUCAAUAGCGCGGAAAACACCGACUUCGAGUUCGUUUCGAACUACCAGGCGAUCCAAGCCGCGGUUCGGGUCACCUUCGGUUACGUUAAGCAGCAUGGCGACACCGCCAGCAACCAAAACGGUCCGAAAAACGCGAACGCAUCAGAAAAUAUUCUCGCGAUCGAUAGUUCAGCGACAACGAUCCCAACGUCGUCUUCGUCGUCGGUUUUGACGUCGUCCCCGAUCACCACGUCCUCAAUGACCAAGACCAUCGCUCCGAUUGGCCGGCCAACCGGGGGUGUCAUCGGUGCUGAACGUCUCAUGAACAGCAACAAUAAUAGCAGUAACAACAAUAGCAAAAACCAUCACAACAACAUGAACAACUCUCUCAAUUCCAACUCUCUUGGUCUCUCCUCAUCGACAACAAUGACAGCGAUAACGAACCAGCAAAAUCAUCUCGCUUCCUCGGACUCGAUGUUCAACUGCUCGAACUCCAACAACAUGAACUCACUCAGCUCAAUGUGUCUCACGAAUACGUACAGUAACACUCUGUCGUCGACCGCAAUGUCCGGCGGUAAUCCGACGAUCUUCGAUUCGAACACUCUCACGAAGCGCCUUUCGUCUGCGAGCAGCCUAGGGCCUUUCUCAACUUCUCUCGAUCUCAACCCGUACGAGAAAUGGUCGACGGGUGGUUGCGGCGACAUUUUCAACACCAGUCUCAUCGCAUCCGGGGGCAACACGGUCUCCCCGGUCAACGACUAUCCGCUCACACCGGAUUCGGUCGGGAUGAACUCCGUGGUUGGCAGCGGGGUCCUGACCCCCUCGAACUCGAUCGGCGGAAAUUCCGUCGACCUGAGCUCGAAGUUCGUGCAAAGUCCAGCCUACCCGCUCAAAUCUCAACUGAAGCGCCAGAAAAUGAUCUACCAUUGCAAGUUCGGCGAGUUCGGCGUCAUGGAGGGACAGUUCACAGAGCCGUCCGGCGUGGCCGUCAACGCGCAGAACGAUAUUAUUGUGGCCGACACCAACAACCACCGGAUCCAGAUCUUCAAUAAGGAGGGUCAUUUCAAGUUCCAAUUCGGAGAAUGCGGCAAGCGUGACGGUCAACUGCUCUAUCCGAACAGAGUUUCCGUUGUCAAAACCUCAGGGGAUAUCAUCGUGACGGAACGCAGUCCAACCCAUCAAAUUCAAGUGUAUAAUCAGUAUGGACAGUUUGUGCGCAAAUUCGGUGCCAACAUCUUGCAACAUCCACGCGGAAUAACCGUGGACAACAAAGGUCGCAUUAUUGUGGUUGAAUGCAAAGUGAUGCGAGUCUUGAUCUUUGAUCAGAACGGAAACGUUCUCACGAAAUUCGGUUGCUCAAAACAUCUCGAGUUCCCGAACGGCGUCGUUGUGAAUGACAAACAAGAGAUUUUCAUUUCUGAUAACCGCGCCCACUGCGUUAAAGUUUUCAACUAUGAGGGCGUAUUCCUCCGGAAGAUUGGAGGAGAAGGCAUCACCAACUAUCCCAUUGGCGUCUGUAUCAACCAACAGGGUGAAAUAUUAGUCGCGGACAAUCACAACAACUUCAACAUAACCAUCUUUACGCAAGAUGGCCAGCUCGUUAAUGCUCUCGAGUCGAAAGUGAAACAUGCGCAAUGCUUCGAUGUCGCGCUUAUGAACGACGGCAGCGUCGUCCUCGCAUCAAAGGACUAUCGUCUGUACAUCUAUCGCUACCUCCAGGUGUAUCUUGUUUAAGUAGAUGAUUAGUGCGAGUUCUCAACUCAACGAAAGAUUGCCGAAUCUAUGCUGGUUUACGCAGAUGAUGAUGUGCGACCUUGGGAAGAUCGACGUAGAGAAUUCUCUCUCAAUCUUCAUCCACGCACGUCUGAAUGACUGUGUCUCCUUCUCUUUUAUUACCUUAUUAGUUGAUAUCUUGCAUUGCGAAAUGCAGCAGUAUACGAUAGAUUUAGUUGUUCGAGCUUUCGGGCUGCCUCACGCGAAUUUGAGGCGGUGGAGCGGACACUGGGUGAAGUUAUUCGUCGAAGUCGUCAGUGACCAAUAGCUUAUCCCCCUCUCGCUGAG